CCCAUAGAUGGUCAGUACAGUUCUAUGAUUGUGCCCAAGCCCUGUUUACAUCUCGUGACAUUGACGAAAUCUGCAGGCGGCCUUUAGAUCUGACCCCUGCAAACGCUACACCGGAAGAUCUUAGCGCCAUAAUUUGUGGCAGUCUGGGAAGAGACAGCCAUUAUUAGAAGAAAAGAUAAAAGUUUUGAUCGAAGUCUUAUUUUUGCUGUAGAGAUCAAAGGAAGAUACCGCUUAUACAAAGACAACGUUUAAAACAGAAUGUCUCGGCAUCGAGAUGUUGCAAAUAAGAUCUACGUUGGUGAUUUGCCCAGAGAUGCUUCAGAAAAAGAGUUAGAAAGGCAUUUUAGUUAUUACGGUAGAUUGAGGAAUGUUUGGGUGGCAAGGAAUCCAGCUGGCUUUGCUUUUGUUGAAUAUGAAGAUCACAGAGAUGCUGAAGAUGCUGUUCGUGGAUUAGAUGGGACAACUAUGUGUGGGGUGAGGGUACGAGUUGAACAUUCAAGCGGAAAAGUACGACCUAAACCAUGGCUUCGAGGAGGAUAUCGGGGUGGAGGAGGCGGCGGCAGAGGUGGUGGAAGGGAUGGUGGAAGGGAUGGGAGUCAAUCAAGUAGAGGCCCUCGUAAAAACUUCAAUCCAGAUGAUAGAUGUUAUGAAUGUAAUGGUCGUGGUCAUUAUGCAUAUGAUUGUAAACAACGGAAAGGAAACCGAUCUCGAAGUAGGUCUAGAAGUCGAAGCCGAAGCCGAAGUAAUGACAGACGAAAAUACAGUCGUCGCUCAAGAACUCCUAGUGCUAGCAGAAGUAGAAGCAGGUAA